UUUUGGCCCCAGCGGUCCUCUCCAGCCCCUUUUUUGGCGCCUUGCAAUGCCGCAGGCCUAGUUUGUCGCGCUGCGCCCAUGCACUCGGCCGAGGUAGCGCUUGAGGCAUGGGCCCUGCUACAGCCAGAGGCUGUGAGUGCGCCGGAACCGGAACUUGCAGCCAGCUUGCCGAAUGUCGUGGACCGCUUGCACCACGGUGACAGCAUCCAGGAGGAGACGCUCCUGGCACUCAGCCGCAGCUGCCCAUUGCCAGCCCGGAGGGCUGAGGCUCCGCUCAUCACGCUGCGGCGGAGCCUGGAGCAAAGCCGGGCCAAAGGAGGCGAUGUGCAGUUCCUCAGCUUUUGGAGGACGCUGGGGGAGGCGGCUCGGCAGAGUGACGUUGGAGGGCCCGCGACCCCCACUUUGCCUCCGAGUUGCCGGCUGCCGCACCUCAGCCCACUGAGUGAGGCGAGCCCGGGCCUGACAACUCCGAGGUGCGGCAAUGUCAUGGAGGAGCUGGAGGAGCUGCGCGACGCCCUCCUGGACCGCUUCGAGGAAGUGGGCGACCGCCUUUCAUUGGUGGCAUUUCAGGAUGAAGUCAGAUCCAUGCAGAAGCGUUCCAGCACGCCUGCGUUCUGGGCUGAGGUCUUGGAGGCUCACAGCGAAGGUGGCCCAGGGAGCCUCAGCAUCUCGGAGGUCACCGUUCUGCUGCUCGCUCUGCUCCGCGACGCCGCAGCCUGGCAGCUGACACUCUCCCCUUCGCACUUGCACACAGGCUUCGCGACCCUGCCGCAAAAUGGCGAGGGAGGUCAGGCGGAAGACUUGUCGAUCUUGGCCAAGCACUUGCGUCAGGCCUUGGACACGGAUACAAGUCCUCAGGAUUUGUCGAGGCCUUUGUGGACAAGCAGUGUCACAGGGUGUGAGACCUGCACUGGCGGCUACGUGGCUGCAGGCCGCCUCCGACCGUUGCUUGUGCGAGAGUCUCCUUCGGCACCCCGGCGGCACCUGCGCUCGGCGAUGCUGAGCCUCCAAGACGAGGCUGACGAUUCGCCAGGUGGGUGGAUGCGCACAGCAAUGCUGCCGCUGCGAGGCCCAUGUGCUGACGAAGCAGCCGAGCUACGGGACACACCGCGUGAGGCUGCUGACGGGACGCUGGACUCUAACGCUACUAUUCCCAUGCCUUUGUUAUCAGACCCAGGACUUCGGCGAACUGCAGCUGCAGCUGUGCUCAACGAAGACGCCUCGCAGGCGGAGCACAACACAGGCGAUUGGCUUGAAGGUUGGAAGGGGCAGCGCAUUUGGGCACGGUCGGCCAUGCUGCCAGUGUCCACACUUCCAUCGCUGGAGCCAGUGGACGCCAGCGCCAAACUCGGCAUGCCGGUGCUGCUGCACAUCUAUGAUGUCACGCAGGAGCGGGGCAUCCGGCGCCUCAACAAGGUGCUGGCAAACAAGAGGUUACCCAUCAAGUUUGGAGGCGUCUUCCACGCCGGUGUGGAGGUGGACGGGAGGGAGUGGUCCUAUGGAUGUACAGAGUCCGAGGAUGACCCUGGCGUGCUUGCAAACAAGCCAAAGAUGCACCCGGAUCACCACUACAGGCAAACGGUGAACAUGUCGCAGACGCCUUUGUCAGCCGGCGAAAUUUGCAAGCUUCUGCAAGAGCUCACGACGGAGUACCCCGGGCCGGAAUACGACCUGCUCAGAAGGAACUGCUGCCACUUCGCCGACGACUUCUGCCGGCGCCUAGGUGUGGGCCGCAUCCCAUCCUGGGUGCACCGGCUGGCUCGCAUCGCUGCGAGGAUCGAAACCAUUCUGCAGGCAGCGCAGCGAAUUCGAAACUAAGAGCCGCCGCUCGGUUGUGCCGUUGGCAUUUGCCCAGCUCCGCGGACGGGACGCCAAGAUGCAUGGCGAG